AUGAUAUGUUUCCUGUAUGUGUUUACAUGCGUGUAUAUGCUGUACAGGUUGUGAUGCAAUGUUAUUAUAUUGUUUUACAGUUUUACAAAAUAAGAACCCAUAUAAGGAUAAAGCAUUCAAGUUUAUUCAACUCACAGAGCAUUCUGAGUAUUCUUUGCUGAGUCUUAUGUGGAGCGUGUUAAGAUAGCUGGUUAAUAUAUAUUACGCAAAGGCACAGUAUAGUGUGAAAACAGUACAGUAAAAAGACGGUUGCAGCAGACCUGCAUACAGAAGUGACUGCGUUCCAAACAUGAGUCUGAGAUCAGGGAAGAAGUAUAUGCCUGAGGAUGGGCCCCCCAUGAGACAGCAUGGCAGGGAGAAAGCUAGCGCCCAGCAAGAUGAGUUAUCGUCAUAUGCGUCAAAAUCAUCUAGGUCUAGCAAGAUGUCUUCAGCAGUUCCCUAGCACUCAAAGCACGAGCGAAGGCAGAGGCCACACGUGUACAGCUAGCCUUUGCAGAAAAAGAAGCUAGUGUGAAAAGAACAAUCGCAGAAAAGCAGGCUAGCAUGAAACGAGAAAUCGCAGAAAAGCAGGCUAGCAUGAAACGAGAAAAAGCAGAAAGAGAACGAGAAAUGGCAGAAGCAGAAGCAGAACUGCAAAUUCUGCAGUCAGAGAGAAUCCGCUGCUGCAGCAGCUGAAGCCGCGGCCUACCUAGAAACAUAUUCAUCAGAGAGUGAGGGUACCCAUGAAGGUCCAGAAGUGCCAGAAAAACCUCUUUUCUCUGCAGAACGUGCAAGCGAGUAUGUUCAGUGGUUUACUAGUAUGCCAACUACUGAACGAUCGAUUAAAACUGAGCCAGCGGAAGUGUACAGGCCGAAGCCAGCAGAAGCAUACACAACUAAGACGGUAGCAUCAAACCAGCUAGAGAAUAUCCAGCAGAAUACCCUAGAGACAGAAUUUAGAGUUUCCCAUUGCCUCAGCCUAAAGAUUGUGCGCCUGAGCAACAAUGCAUACAAGAUAUCACUAAAUAUCUGCUGCGCAAAGAAGCAGUUAACUCAAGCUUCAUCAAGUUUGAUGACUCCCCUGAAAAUUACUGGGCUUUGAAGUCCUCCUUCCUGAAUGCAACCAGAGAUUUGAACCUUUCAGCCUCAGAGAUGCUUGACCUGAUGAUAAAAUGGCUAGGUACUGAGUCGGCCGAACAUGCAAAAAGUAUGCGCAGGGUGCAUUUGUUUAACCCUUCAACAGGACUUGAUAUGGCUUGGCAGAGACUAGAGAAAAAAUAUGGCUCACCUGAAGUAAUUCAGCGAACAUUACAAAAAAGGUUAAGGGCCUUCCCCAAGCUGACCAACAAAGAUACCAAAAAACUAGAACAAUUGGGAGAUCUUCUUCUGGAGAUAGAGUGUGCUAAAGAAGAAGGAUAUCUGAGAGGUCUAACAUACUUGGACAAUGCUAUUGGUCUUAAUCCCAUAGUGUAGAAACUACCAUACCACAUGCAAUUAAACUGGGCAUCUGUUGGAACUAAGUAUAAAACAGAAACAGAAGAAGAUUUUCCCCCUUUCUUUGUGUUUUCCAGGUUUGUGCAGCAGCAAGCACAGAUGAAGAACGACCCCAGCUUUGCCUUUUACAGCAACAGCGAUCAACUGCCUAAACUUGAAAGGCCUUCCAGAUACCAUGGUAAGACCUCUGUGUCCAAACACAAAACAUUCAUCCCUACGGGAACCUCACACUCUCAAACCUGCAGCAAGGAGGGCAGUAUAGAGAGCCCUGAUAGACAAUGUCCAAUUCACCGAAAGCCCCAUCCUUUAAAAAAGUGCAAAGGAUUCAGAGGCAAACCUAUUGGUGAAAGAAUGUAUUUUCUCAGACAGAACGGCAUCUGCUUCAAGUGCUGUGAAUCCACCAAACACAUAGCCAGAGACUGUAAAAUAUCAGUGAAGUGCUCAGAAUGUGGCAGUGAGAAACACAUUGCAGCCUUACACCCUGACUCACCUGCGCCACCAGCAGAGACUGUACAAGCAGAGACAGAUCACGGCAGGGAGCCUAGUGACAGCUCAUCUCCUCCAGUAAUGUCUAAGUGCACUGAAAUCUGUGGCACAGGUAAGAGCUUUCGAUCAUGCUCUAAAAUAUGUUUAGUGACUGUGUUCCCCUCUGGACAAAGAGAGCGAGCAGUGAAAAUGUUCGCAGUUCUCGAUGAGCAAAGCAACCGAUCUCUUGCAAAGUCAGACUUUUUCAACAUCUUCAACAUUAAAACUACUGUAGCUCCAUACACCUUAAAGACUUGUGCAGGCGUUACAGAAACUGCAGGCAGAAGAGCCACAAACUUUAUUGUUGAAUCCUUUGACAGAAAAACACAGCUCCCUUUACCUGCAUUAAUAGAAUGUGACAUGUUACCAGAUGACAAGGAAGAAAUCCCUUCUCCAGAAGUAGCUUAUUACCAUCUCCAUCUCCGUUCAAUUGCUAACCUCAUACCAGCUAUUGAUCCUGAGGCCUCCAUACUUUUACUCUUAGGAAGAGACAUUUUACAAGCACACAAGGUGCAUGAGAAAAUCAAUGGUCCCUUUAAUGCCCCUUAUGCACAGAGACUUGAAUUAGGAUGGGUAAUAGUAGGAGAAGUUUGCCUGGGAUCUACACACCAGACUAAUAGCUUCAGUACUUUAAGAACGUCUGUGUUACCGAAUGGGCGUACCACCUCAUUGAACCCAUGUCAGAACAGGCUCAUAGUAAAAGAAAGUUUUGAUAACCUAACACAUUUCAGUGACUCUUCCUUGUGCAGCCAAGAAGACAUCAGCUUCAUCCCAGAGACUGAUAAGUUGGGAACAACAGUGUUUCAAGAAUCGAAGGAUGAUGACAAGCAAGCUCUAUCCAUACAAGAUCAAGCGUUUCUUCAAAUCAUGGACAAAGACACCCAUCAAGAUGACAGCCACAGCUGGGUUGCUCCAUUGCCUUUUCGUACACCCAGAUGUAAAUUGCCUUCCAACAGAGAGCAAGCCAUGAUACGUCUCGCCUCACUUCACAGAACUCUGCAUGGUAAGCCAGGAAUGAAAAGAGACUUCACAGAAUUCAUUAAAAAGAUGCUGGACAAUGACCACGCUGAGAUUGCAAGACCACUGGAACAAGGUAAAGAACACUGGUAUCUGCCGAUGUUUGGCAUUUUUGCAUCCACGCAAACCUGAUCAAAUAAGAGUUGUAUUUGACUCCAGUGCAGAGUGUGAAGGUGUCUCUUUAAAUAAUGUACUGUUAAAUGGCCCUGACCUAAACAACACAUUGUUAGGGGUUCUCAUACGCUUUAGGAAAGAACCUAUUGCCUUUACAGCAGAUGUGCAACAGAUGUUUUACUGUGUCUUGGUGAGAGAAGACCACCGAGAUUAUUUACGUUUUCUGUGGUACAAGGACCAUGACAUAGACAAAGAAGUAGUUGAAUACAGAAUGAGGGUCCAUGUCUUUGGAAACAGUCCCUCUCCUGCAUUUGCUAUAUACUGCAUGCGUAAAGCAGCUCUGACAAGUGCAGAACAAUUUGGACAAGUUGCCAAACACUUUGUGUUGAGACACUUCUAUGUAGACGAUGGACUUGCAUCUGCUAGCACCCCUGAGAUAGCGAUUGACAUUUUAAACAAGACAAAACAGAUGCUGGCAGAGUCUAAUCUGAGACUUCACAAAAUUGCAUCAAAUAGCACACAGGUCAUGAACGCCUUUCCUGCUGAUGACAGAGCUAAAGACCUCAAGGACCUUUGCCUGGGUACAGACACCCUGCCCCUUCAGAAAAGUUUGGGACUGAGCUGGGACCUAGAAAGAGACUCUUUUGUUUUUCAGGUAUCUUCAGAAGAAAAACCUUUCACUAGAAAGGAAUCAUGUCUAUAGUGAACAGCCUUUACGGUCCUCUUGGGUUUGUAGCACCUGUAACUAUAAAAGGUAAGGCAUUAGUACGUGAACUGUCAUCUAAGAAAUGCGAUUGGGACGCAUUACUCCCACAAGAAAAACUACAUGAGUGGCUUCAAUGGAAGGAAUCCUUGCAAGCUUUGGAACACUUAGAGAUACCCAGGUGUUAUGCGUCUAUUCCCCUGUCAGCAGCAAGUAGAAAAGAACUGUAUGUAUUUGCAGAUGCAUCCAACACAGCGAUAGGUGCUGUAGCCUACUUGAAAACAAUUGAUGUUUGCAAUGAGUGUUCGGUUGGAUUUGUUAUGGGGAAGUCUAAGUUAAGCCCAAAACCAGCCCACACAAUUCCACGUCUAGAACUAUGUGCUGCUGUUCUAGCAGUAGAGUUGGAUGAGCUCAUCAGAGAUGAAAUAGAUAUGGAUUUAGAUGCUCUGCGAUUCUUUAAAGUUAGCAAAACUGUAUUAGGUUAUAUCUGCAACACCUCCAGAAGGUUUUUCCUGUAUGUUGCCAACCGAGUGAAUAGAAUCAGGCAAGUAACCCACCCUGAUCAGUGGGUUUAUGUGUCCACAGAACAAAAUCCUGCAGACUAUGCCUCAAGGCCCACACAAACUGUUCAUCUGCAGAAUUCUAUAUGGUUCUCAGGCCCUUCCUUCCUCUACCACGCAGACAGAGAGGAGUUAGGCAAUUCAGCAGAAAAGCACCCACUCUUAGAGCCUGAAGCUGAUCCUGAAAUUAAACCUACAGUUGCAAGCUUCAACACCAAAGCUUCUGACACCUUCCUCCAUUCACAUGUCUUUGAGAGAUUUUCUAACCGGGUGUCACUGUGUAAGACUAUUGCCAGACUUAUCCAUGUAGCUAAGAGUUUCCAGAAAGAGCCAAGCAAUGUACAAUGUAGAGGUUGGAAAUGUUUCCCAGAGAAAGUCAACUCAGAGGAGAUCUCACAGUCAAAAGCUACAAGAAUCUCUUCUGUUCAGCACGAAUAUUUUAAAAGAGAGUACUUGUCCAACUUACAAAGCCGCAGAAAGUGGACCCAAAAUUGCCCAAACAUCCAAGUUGUGUUAGUGAAAGACAUUCAAGAAAGCAGGAAUGAAUGGCCUGUGGGACUCAUCAUCAACACGCCAAGUAGAGAUGGAAGAGUCAGGAAAGUAGAAGUAAAGAUUGUCAAACAAGGGACUGCCAAAAUGUAUAUGAAGCCAGUUUCAGACAUUGUUGUUCUUGUUUCUGAUAAUACUUGAAUUGUAUUCUGCAUAGCAGUAAGUUAUAUAGUGACAUAUUGAAAUAUGCCAGGCAGGGAGUGUGCUGUUUAUACCUUAUCUGAUGGCAUUGUAAUGUUAGGUUGUAUGCAUUAGUAUUGGUUUAGCUGUUAUGUGCUGCCACCUAGUGGACCAUUUUAGGAUAGCUGCCCACAUGUUAAUUAGACUUGUCAUUCAAGGUUAAGCCUUCCCACUAAAGUUCACAGGAAGUAGAGGAGAAUCCAUUUUGAGCACACACACAAGCUGCUCACAAGCAGAGGGACAGACCUCCUUAGGAUCUUUCACUUUUACACAUUACACAGGCCCCUGGUUACUUAACCGUCUAAAUGGAUACCGAUACCGCUAAUCCUAGACCAAAACAAAAACGCAGGUCAUACGAAGCUAGUUUCAAACUGAAGGUUGUGUCAAGAGCAGAAGAAAGCAAUAACAGUAUUGCAAGUAGGGAAUUUUGUGUUGAUGA